GGAUAAUUAAAAUACAGGUUUUCCAGUAACGGAUAAGGAUAACAGUUAAAAAUGGAUGACAACGCAGACACGAAACAGUCCAUGGAAGUGGACGAUAUUGAUGAAACAGCCACCGAUGAAACUACAAACAACAAAGAUGAACAUAAUGAAGAGGGCGAACAUUGCCCACCGACGUGUCUCAAAAAUGUGGAUGAAAAGGCGAAUGACGCACCUACAUACAUAACGACCACUCGUUUUUGCGAGACAAGGUUUAUAAGCGCUCCUUAAGCUAUUUGUCCUGCGUGCGGUGAUGAUCCUACACAGCGUGCUGGCCGCAUGGCGCGUCGUGGUCUCGCGAGGGGACGACUACUUUUGGGCGCUCACCGCUGGAAACGCGUUCUGGGCUGUCGAAAUAUUUGUCUCCAUAAAGCAAUUGAACGCCAGAAAACAGAGCAGAUGGCGCCCCAGUUUUGUUUUGUACCUUCUGCUACUUCUUCCUGCUAUAUGGCUGCUGCAACUGCACCAGUAUGACAGUCGCGCGGUCUGAGCAGCCGACUCAGAACACUACCGGCUCCGGGGGCAGCACCCUGGACAACUUGCUGAAUAUCGAGGAGACCACGUGGAUAGUCGUGAUCCAGGAGACGCUUAUCUACGUGCUGCUGUUCGGCCGCUGGCUCAACGACGACGUGGCCGGCAAGAAUCUUUCGCAGCAACUCAUCAACUUCCUGGCAAGCGCCUCCGACAUCAUGGAGCUGUACGCGCUAUUCGACCUGCCCGACGUGCAGACGCACUUCACCAGCACUAUUGCUGUGCUGGCCAUCUGGUCGAUGAGUUUCAUCCAGUUUAUUCCGGUUCUUACCAAAACCAUACACCGUCAGAAUGCAGUGGCCGACUCGUCUCCACCGUCCAUCGAAGCGGGAGAAAACAAAAAAUCAGCUCCAAGUUCGCGGAAUUUUCAUAUAGCGGAAGUUGUCUUGACCUUCCUCUUCCAAGACGGGCCGUUCCUGGCAGUACGUCUGUUCAUCAUAAUUAACUUCAACACAAUAUCGCAUAGCUUGGUUUUCUUCGUGAUCAAAAACGUCGUCACAAUUAUGUUGCUGAUAUACCGCCUCGCUGUGUUAUUAAAGGCUAAGCCCGGAAAGAAACAACAGUAAUGUAAUAUGAGACAACAAUCGAGCCUCGUUGUAGGAAAUCUGAGCGUAAUGUUUGUGAUAAAGUAUUGUCCUAUUUUAACAUGUGCAGACCGCACAGGCUAAUCAGGGACUCCAUUUUCCGCCUAAACUUGAUUUUCGAUUAGAAAAGACUACAUAACAAAAAUUCCAUAAAAGUGAAAAGUGUCGUGCCAGAUUAACACGUGCAGACAUGAUUUAAGCCCUGUUUUCCUAGAACGAGGCUCUGUUAUAUAACAGGGAUGUGAUCGACCCAUCUCAAGCCCGGAAGGACUGAUUGGCUUUCCAAAGUAUGAUCCCAAGUUCGAAUCAAGAUAAUGGUUCACUUGUUUUGAAAUAAAUUUAGGGUCAUCAACGUUGCCUUAGGUACAUUUAAAGUGUUAUUUCCUUUCUGCAGCAUAUAGUCUGAUUUACUUAUUGUCUGUUCUAUGUUUUAUGUUAAAACAUUAAUUAUAAUAGUAUUUUAUUUACUUUCGUUUUUAAAUCAACUAACAAUGUCUUGAAGUUUUGAUGCUUAAUUUACAUCCUCAGUGAAGUGAUGUUUUUUCUGUAAGCUAUUCAAAAUACAA